AUGGUAGCAGUGACGGCAGUGAUUGCGAAGAUGGUGGUGAUGGUUGAUGGCGGUAGUGGUGGUGGUGAAGGUGACAGUGAUAGUGGUGGCGGCGGCGACUUGGUUAUCGUAUCAUUAAGGAACAUUAUGACGAAUGAAGGGGCCAUUGCCACCCCCUACGAUGUGUUUCUCAGUUAUAGCAGCGAUACCCGUGAUCACUUCGCAGCUAAUCUCUACAAUGCUUUGCGCGACAAGAGAAUCAAGACAUUUUUCAGAGAUGAUGAGCGACCCAGGAGUGGCAACCAAUUAACCUCACCCUCUAUUCUCAAUGCAUUGGAAAAAUCGAUAAUUUCGAUCGUUGUUCUCUCCAAAAGCUACGCACGUUCCAUGCGGUGUCUUGCUCAACUUGUCAAGAUCAUUGACUGUAUGAAGAGCAGGGGCCAGCUGGUUUGGCCGAUCUUUUACGGAGUAGAUCCAUCCGAUGUAAGACAUCAGAGAGGUAGCUAUGCCCAAGCCAUGGUAGAACAUGAAAAUAUGUUCAAAGACGACCAUAAGAAGGUGCUGGAAUGGAGGUCAGCUUUGUCUGAAGUCGCCAACUUAUUAGAUGAUCGAUGGCUGUUGGUAAUUGGGAAACGGUACGAAUCUGAACUUAUCCAAAAGGUUGUGGAACGCGUCGCCCAACGCACGCCCAGCUACGAUGUUUUUCUCAGCUUUAGUGAAAAAGAUUCCCGCUACUCCUUCACAAGUUUUCUGUAUAAUGCUUUGGAACAGGAGGGAUUCAAAACCUUGAUGAAUGAUGAGGGAUUGGAGGAUGGGGACCAAAUUCCACUAUCUAUUAUGAAAGCUAUUGAAAGAUCAAAGUUUUUUAUAAUUGUGUUAUCUGAAAACUAUGCAUAUUCGUCGUCGAGACUUGAUCAACUUGUCAGGAUCCUUGACUCUAGGAAGAUGACAAACCAAUUGGUUGGGAGAGGGCUCGAAGAAAGUGCAGAAAUGGAGGUUAGCUUUGAAACACGUGGCCAACUUGAAAGGAUGGUCCUUGAAAACCAGGUACCAUAA